UGCACAACGACAGAGGUUGCAAAGUCAUCUUGCAACGCCACUGACUUUGUGUGUAUUUGCACAGAUCAUUUGCUGAACGGAAACAUUGGCGCAUGUUUGGCACGGCAUUGCACUGUGACUGAGUCUCUACAGGCACAGAAAUACUCGAGAACGUCUUGCAGAGUGCCCAUUCGUCGCAACACGGAUCAAGGUCCCAUCACAUGGACUCUCUUAUCUGUUGCGCUGGUGGCUCUAGCUGCUCGACUAAUCUCCAAAAUUCCUUCUCUAAACCCUGCAUUCUCGUUCGGCUGGGACGACUGGUUAAUCCUUGCAUCUACCAUUGCGUUGAUACCAGCAGACAUCGGAUCGCAAAUCUUGAUCGGCAUAGGUCUGGGGCAGGACAUAUGGAUGGUAUCUCCAGACAACAUCACUCAGAUACUAUUGCUCUUCUUCGUCGAAGAGCUUCUCUACUCAUUCGUUGUAGCUGUCACCAAGUUGUCAAUCCUCAUCUUCUACCUGCGUCUCUUCGCCGAGACCUGGUUCCGGGUCGUUUGCUAUGUUAUGCUAGGGGUUACAACGGUCUACGGCAUCGGGCAGAUACUAGGUAUCGUCCUCGUAUGUUCACCAGUCAGUUAUAAUUGGACUCAGUGGGAUGGUGAGCACAAAGGAAAGUGCGGAAACGUCAAUGUCAUGGCAUUCAUCAAUGGAGGAGUGAAUAUCGCCAUCGACUUCAUUUUAUUCAUUCUGCCAGUCACUCAGUUUAUCACUGUCUCCUGGACUCUUAAGAAAAAGAUUGGUGUGAGCCUUAUAUUUCUAGUUGGUUUAUCGGUGACGGCCUCGAGUGGGAUCCGGCUGGCUACAUUGGCAAAGUUUGGCGGAACGCAGAAUCCAACCUAUGAUUACAAAGAACUAUCGAUUUGGUCUUUGGUUGAGAUGCACAUGAGUGUCAUUUGUGCGUGUAUGCCGGGGAUGACGUCCUUUAUCCGACGCGUGUCUCCACGGAUG